AUGUCAAUCAAACUGUCUGUCCUUAUCUGGCUGCAAAAAGAUCUAUUCUUUGCGCGCCUGCCUGUCAGCUGUAGCGUCACCCACCGGCUCCAGCCCAGCGACACAGCCACGGAAGUGACCCGGCCACUGGGCCGACCUUCUCGGAGAUUGUCCUCCAAUCGCAGAGCCUCGAGGAGGCCCCGGGGCCAACCUCCACAUUUUGCAGAAGAACGGUGGAGAAAGCUCCAGGAGUACCUGGCAGCCAAGGGAAAGCUGAAGGACCCGAAUGCCAAGCCUUAUCUAAAAACCAAGUAUAACUGCCCCAAACAACCAUCUUCCAAACAUACUUCUGGACCCAAAAACGAUGUUUCCAGUCAUGUUGUUUUGCCUGUCAAAACUACAAGGUCUAUCAACAUUAAACCCCAGACUAAACCAGCCAAUAACACAAGGUCCCAGAAGCCAGAGCUGGAGCUACCAAAACUUCCAGGCAAAGGGCUCACUUCAAGAUGUUUUUCUUCUAACUCAGACUGUAAACAGUCCAGCCAGAGUCAGCAGCAGCACAGAGCUGCAUCGUCCACUAUUGGACUGUCAAAAAAGCCCAGGAGGUCCCCUGGUACCCAGAAAUUGGAAUCCAAAAAGCAGCAGCAAGCACAUCAAGGAAAUGCUGAGGGCACCCACCCUGUGGCUGGGACCCAUGUCAGAAACCAAUCUUUGAAGGGUUUCCUAGACGAGGUCAACAAAGAGAAUGUGCGCCAAACCUUGCUAGAACCUGGGAAGCCGGUUCCUGACUUACAUCCCAUAAGUAAGCCAAACACUGGCUCCUAUAACCAAACCCAGAAAAGUCUGGCUCCUAAACAAAUCUUGAGCAAAAGCUCAGUUAACCGUACUGUUCUGAAAGACAGAGCUAACAAACAGUUUGUUAGAAACACACAAAUCAGCACUCAAGCAGUGAAGUCGCAGCACCUCUCUACAGAUGCAGAUUUUGCACGACCCAGAGAAAAACCCCGGCAAACAAUUCUCUCUCAAUUCACACCCGCCCAUAAUAAGACUCUGACAUCAAAGAAAUCAGUGGUCAAGGACACACAGGACGUAAAGGUUAACAGGAUUAAAUAUGGAAGACCAAAUGAAACUACGGUACAGUCACACCCUACCACUGAACAGAAAGUAAAACUUACUAAAUCUGGUUCCCACCCCAGCUUGCUUCAUGGAGGACAGAACAACAGACGUCCAGCCAUCAAGCAGAAUCAAAAGACUGUGCAGCCUUGUCUUGACCCCCGGACAUCACGCAUUCUGCACAACUCAAGAGCUGUAAGCCAGAGGCCUAAUUUGACAGCUGGCAAGGUUAUUCUAAGCACCCCUAGCAUAAGAGCAAAUAAAAUCCAGAACAAUAAAAACGGUAACAUCUUCCAACCAAAAGCACAGACUCUGGACUUCAAGUUCAAAAAGGUUCUUCCCCAGAGCCAGUUUCUGAACAAGACUGCUCCCAAAAUUCAAGCUGGCACAGCAACCACAAGUAGGAAUGGAGCCCCAAGUGCUAGCCAGACUCAUCCACGUGUUAAAAAGACAGAAGUAGAGGAUCGGAGGAAACAGCUGGAAGAAUGGCAGAAAUCUAAAGGCAAAAGCUAUAAGCGCCCUCCCAUGAAAUUGAAAGCGAAAAGAAAAAUCAUAGAGGAGAUGAACAUUUCAUUCUGGAAGAGCAUUGAAAGAGAAGAAGAAGAACAGGAAGAGAAGAAAGCUCAGUUGGAGCUGUCCAGUAAAAUUAACAACACUCUGACGGAGUGUCUGAGGCUCACUGAAGAGGGUGUAUUUCCUAAUGAAAUAUUUAACAUCCUGUCCAGCAUUCCGGAGGCUGAAAAAUUUUCCAAGUUCUGGGUCUGCAAAGCAAAGUUGCUGGCAAGUAAAGGCACCUUUGAUGCUAUUGGACUGUAUGAAGAGGCCAUUAAAAAUGGGGCGGCACCAAUGCAAGAACUGCUGGAGAUUCUGAACAUUCCGCAAGAUCCAAGCAGAAGCACAGAGGCUGUCACCUCGGGCUCAUCAGCUGCUGGAACUAAUGUCACAUCUGUGGAAGAGCUGGCCAAGGAGGACGACUCUGGGCAGCCGUGUCUUCCUCUAACAGAAAGGGAGCAGAUUGUAGCAACACCACAGAUAACUGCAGAAGAAUGGGAUAACCCUGGUAUCAAACUACAGAUCGCCCCAGUCCCAAGAAUAUGUGGUGUGCCAGAAGUUCAAGACAUGAAGCUUAUCACUCCCGUGAGGCGCUCAGCCAGGAUUGAGCAAGCGGUGACCCGCUACCCAGAAAUGCUGCAGGAACAUAACGUUGUCGUGGCUUCUCUUAAUGAGCUCCUGGAAGUGGACAAAACAGAGUAUUUUGUCUUCCGGGAAAAUGAAGCUUUACCUGUGACACUAGGUUUUGAAAUCCUUGAAUCAUGAUCUUUUGAUAUUUUUUUUUAAUGUUUUUAAAUGAAGGUUUCUUCAGGGCUUGCAAGAAAUAAGAAAUGCCCUUGUCAAGAUGGCCUGAAAUAAAUGUUCACUGAGACACCAUGAUGCAGAAGAGAGACUCUUGCAUCUGAGGAAGUAAUGCAUGGGGUUUACUCUCAGAUUGUAUGUCCCACAAGAAAACUUUUGGUUCAUGUGUUUUGCUCUAUACUUUGUAAUAGUUUUACAGCACAUAUAAGUUUCUGAGUAUCAAAUAUUAAUUUAUCUCCAAUGUAGAAAAAAAAACUGUACUUUGAUGAUCUACUGUAAUUCUGUAGUUAUUUUUUGUGCCCAAAGUUUGAUGCUGUGGAGUGACUAACCUUCCUCUUAGGAUCCACCUUACCCGGGAGGGCAGGUUCUUAGGGUGGGAAGAUUUGAGUUUGAAACCAGCUCACUAGGCAAGAUGGUCAAACCCCACGCAUCAGGGUAAAGUUAGGCCAGCCACCGCCUCACUCAGAUCCCAGAUGACAUUCAUGGAGUCCUUUGACUUCCAUCACAGUGACCCUAUAGAUGAGGGUGACUCUUGUCCUCUCUGGAUGGGUUACCUAUUGUGAAGAACAAUCCAGAAUUGACAUGGCCACCCUGGUGUUUAUUAUGUACAACCCUCAUUUGCACUUGUUCAGAAAUGAUUCGAAUAAAAACAAGUUGUGGGGACAGCACUUGCUGCAUCCCUUGUUUUCUCUUUCACGGGACUCUAGCCUGAAGAGGAUGUGACCCCCGGAGACUACAGCGGGGGAUUUUCUUCUCCUUGGGCAACUGUUCUUAGAGCAGAAAACCAGAGUUGUUUUGUAAAUGUAAUGUAUAGAAAGCCUAUUCCGCACAUUUUAAGUUUCAGCUUUGUUAAUAUUAUUACUAAGUAAUACUGAAAAUAAAAACCCUUAAAUACUUG